AUGGGUUCUCAGCAACCGCAGAAGGCGCAGGCCUUGCCCAACCCAUAUGGCCUGCCAAAUCCAUACGCCCAGGCGAGCCUGCCGAAUCCGUACGCUGCAGCUACUGUUGCAUCGUCUGCGCCCGUUAAAUUUACAGAUGAGCAAGCAAAAGCCGAGCAGCAGAAGAAAGCACCUGCUUUUCAUAAUCCACACCACAUUAAGCGGCCUCAAGCAAAGAAAUUCGGCCCUGUCAAGAAGCCUGUCAUGCCUGCGGUAUCGUCUUCCACCACAAACUCCUCGGACCCAGUCGCAGCUCCAGCUUCAAGAACAGAGCAACAUGGCAUAGACUGGUACCGGAGCACCGCUGACGACGACGCAGCUAUCUUAGAGGAGCGGCGGCAUCGUCAGUACGAAGAGGCGCAAAAGAAGAAACAAAUGAAGAAGUUCCACAAGCAGUUUGGUUACUGGAACCCGACUGCCCCACACAAGCCAGAACGUUGGUCAAAUCUGAAGGCCUACAGGGCUAGUGGAGGGUACAGGCGCAAGCAAGAAGGAUUCAACGACUUCCUGCGAUCGGCUGCACGCCAGUCUGAGAGGCUGAGAGAAGAGAGCGAGGGUCCGAACGUUCAAGAACCCAUAUCGACGCCAGGUUCAGCCUCACCACCACCCUCGUUCUCCGCGAAGCCCAGUUUCGCGCCACCAGCGUCCUACGAUAUCCCUACGGCAUCCACCGAACAAGACGAUGAAGAUCCCUACACUCGCCGCAUGCGUCUCUCAGAACAGCAGUCGAUUGCACCACCGCCUCCACCAUCUGAGCCUCAGCCACAUAGCUUCUCCCAACAAGCGACUGUGUCCGACGACGUUCCGCCUCCACCGCCUCCACCGCCACCACCUAGCGCCGGUGCACCUGGUACGGCAACUACCAGCUCCUCGAUCUACAACAACGCCACAAUCUCCGCACCUCCAGUGCGCUACGCCAACGCUACGAUCUCUGCGCCGCCCGUUCGGUAUGAACAGCCAGCUGCACCACCCUCGAAUGACGAAUCCGAAUUCUACGAGCGCCCUGCCAAACGACCCAAGAUAAGCAAAGCGGAAGCAAUGAUGGCGAAAAUGGGCUACGUCAAGGGACAAGGUCUGGGCAAGAACAACGACGGUGUCACCACGCAUCUGGAGGUCAAGAUUCGAAAGCCUGCGCCAGGCGGUGGAUCCAGUAUCUUCGACGACGGCGAGGGUAACAAAGUCAAGAGCGCGCAAGUCUGGGACGUGCGUGGUGGGGAGAGGAAGAAAGACGAGCCGGGCCAGUUUGGCGAAGAAAGCCCAGUGGUCGUUGCCUGGGGUUGCGUCGAAGGGGUCGACUGGAAGGAGAACGCCGAGAGGGACGACGGAGGGAUUCGACAGGAUAUGGGAGACGUGUUCAGCACAAAGUUCGGUCCUGUCGAGCGGCUGCAGGUCGAUGAGUCGAAUCCGGACGGCGUGGUGUACAUCCACUUCAAGUCGGUCCUGAGCGCUCUCAACGCUGUCAACCGCUUCGCCGAAGGCUUUCAAUAUCGCGGCAGGAACAUUCGCGCGCAGUACUACGACGAACGCAAGUUCCAUGCUGGCACAUUUGAUCACUAA